AUGUACGAGGAGAUCAAGGAGCGCGUCGAGGGGAUCACGAGUGACAUUCUGGACGAGUUCACCAAGGACGCGACGCCGCAGAACAACGCGCUGGCACACUACAUUGACCUUGUUGCGAACCACGCGGAUGCCGCCCCAGCCAAUGAGGAGGAACCCUACAAGACAGCAGCCGAGAACUACGACCGGAGCGGCGUCCCACUCCAGUUCGCUAGCGUCGACGGCCACGACGGCGCCAAAACGAUCCUCAAACACAUCGCCCUCAAGAGCCCCGAACGCAAGAUGAAGCUCGGGCCCUUCACGGAGCUGGCCUACGGGACGCCGCGGAGGUUGAUUUUCGUGCACCCGAAGAUCGGCACGAAGGUCUGGCAACGCGCGUUCACAGACUUUGGCGGCAAACAGUUUCGCCACUUCUUCCUCUCGCCCGAAGCCAAGGCGAAGGCCACCCAGAACGCUUUUUACGAGAAGAGCGACGAGGAGAUCAACGCUGGCUUCGACUACAUCACCAACGAGGCCCCGAAGUCGACGGUGGGCUUGCAGCAGGUGCGGUGGCAGACGAUCGCAAUGAGGGCAGGGAUGCCCAUCCACGGGUGGCCCAUCGGCCUCGUUGAGAAGUCCCAGCGCUCCUUGGCGGCGGAGGGCGCUCUGGCGAAUAAGGAGUUCGGUAACAACGUGACCCUCUGCGAUGACCACUUCAACCUUCGCGUUCUCGAAGCCAUGACGGAGCUCAUCAACGGCAACGGUUCGCUUGCCCUCAUUGGGGGGCCGAACGUCGGCAUGACACCGCUCGGGCGCGCGCACUUGAUGGCAAUGUGCCGCAGGAACGCGAGGGCAAACGGGUUGGAUCCCGCGCGCUGCUCCAUCCGCGUGACGCCUGAGAUCGACUUCAUGCGUGGCAAGCCAGGCGACAUUAUGAUGGGGGGGGUCGUUGACGACGGGUGCUCGAACCUCCUCCCGCCGAAGAUCGCGAAGGCCUUGCUGGACGCCGGCCAGUACGAGGGCAUGUGCUGGGCCAGGAGCCGGUGCAUGGCUGACCAGACCCACGACCCGAAUGCCGAGAAGCCAGACCGUUGCCUCUCCGCGACGUUCCAGGAGUUCUUCGAGCUCGAGAAGGAUGCGCCGCGCAUCAACUUCAAGGGUGAGACAUUCCUGACAGCUGAGGGGGAGCGCCUGUGCCAGCUGCAGAAGGACGGCGACAUGACGCCGCCCGACAAGAUCGACCAGCUCUUGGAGAAGGAGAGGCUCCUCGUUGAUUCCGCCGUGGAGAAGAACCGCAAGAGGUCAUCGGACGCGGCCGCCGGCGCCUUGCCAGCCCCUUCGUUCGCCCAG